UGAACAUGUUAAAUUUGAGGCAUUGUUGAUACACUGGAAUUGGGAUCUUGAGUUCCAAGUUUCACUUACGUCUGAAGCUCCUAACGGAUCUGUCUGGGCUGCAGUUAACAUUUGGGUGUCAACGGCAGGUUGAUGCCAUUGGAGUGUGGGAAUGGAUGGCUCCUGUUAAGGAGAGCAUGGAGAGUGGGGAGGGAGCCCCUGCUUCGCUUCUGGGAAGCCUACCCUCAUCUCUUGGGUGUCACAUACUCUCUCGGAAGCCAGCUCUCCACUGUGGCUUGAAUCCACGGGGUAUUGAUCACUCUGCCCGGGCAGAAGGCAUCAAGCUGCAGAUUGAAGGGGAAGGUGUUGAAUCUCAAUCCAUUAAAAACAAAAAUUUUCAGAAGGUGCUUGACCAAAAAGGAACCCCCAAGCGACUACCAGCAGAAGCUGAGACGGCUAAGUCGGCUACGGUGAAGCUGUCAAAACCAGUGGCUCUGUGGACUCAGCAGGAUGUCUGCAAGUGGUUGAAGAAACAUUGUCCGAAUCAGUAUCAGAUCUACAGUGAGUCAUUCAAACAGCAUGACAUUACUGGGCGAGCCCUGCUGAGACUGACUGACAAAAAGCUCGAGCGAAUGGGGAUUGCCCAGGAGAACCUCCGGCAGCAUAUCUUACAACAGGUGCUCCAGCUGAAGGUGCGCGAAGAAGUCAGAAACCUACAGUUACUCACACAAGCCUCAACCGAGGGUUCUCCAUAAACGUGGUUAGCCUUCCAAGCUGCUGUCCUGCCAGUUGAUAUGAACGUGGCCUGUUCCUCACAGAAAGAUUAACUCAUGGCAAUGCCAGAAGAUCUCCAUGGAGCAUUGACAGAUUAACCGGAUUAACUGAAAAAACACCCAUUCAGUCAAGAUCAUGGGCUUUGGAAAAUCUUAGUUUGCUGUGGAUUUUAAAAUGAGGUGCAUAAUAUACAGUGCCAAGUUGUUCCAAGUGGUCAUUGGCAGACCAUUAGCUGGAAAAUUGCUUCCAGUUUUCAUCACUGUGCAUCACUCAAGCUCCCUUAGGGGAGCUGUCUGUGCCCUUCACUAGAAGUCCUAUUUUAGCAUGGCAACUACUGGAUUAUUUUAUUAUGUGUGCAGAUGGCAUGAUGUGUAAGAAAAAAAAAAAACCACAGCAGUUCUGCAAUCUCAGUGGAAGUGUUCACGAUAUUCUGCCCUGGUAGGAAUGUAAACAUGUCUUGAUUGUGUUAGUUAUGAUGUCCAAAGGUAUUCUGCCCAGCUCUUAAGCACUUUACAUGAAAACACGACACCAAAACCAAUCAGCACGUUAAGUACACGUGGGAAAACAAGUAUUCUCUUUUUUUUUUUUCUUUUAUAAAUCUUGUCCUCUUUCUGGCUCAGACUGUCCAAGACAAACUCCACUCCCAGCAUAUCCCCAGUCAUCUGUGGUAGAUUGGUGUAAACAUGGCCACAAUACUGUUAGACUUAACCUGUUGAUACUUAACCAGCUGGAUCUCUUGCAGUGCCAAAGGGGAGGAGGGGUGGGCUGGUGGUGGAAAUGUCUUAGCUCUUGGUUCCUGGUACCGGGGUACAACUUAGCACAUCCACAUACAGACAAACACAGGAGGCUUCUGGGUGGCCAGUGCACAUAUUCACUCCUUCUAUAGAAGAGUGUUUUCAAAGAACAAAAGGGGUGGCUUUUUAUUCAAAGACGAUGGUGGGCUGAGGAUAAGGGCAGCAGAAUGCGGGUUUCCUGUGUGGUCUGACUUUACAAUUUUAGAAAACUUUCUAGGUCAAGUUGAAAUCACAGCUCUCUGAAGAGGAGAAAGAGCAAGGGUUCCCCUGCAUGCCUGACGAAGGAAAAGGGCCCAACCCACACUAGGUUCCUACCUCAGUAGAGAACCUACUAGUCCCCUUUAAUCCUUUCUGGGAUUAUAUCCACAAUUAAUUUUGUUUUUGUUUUUUUUUUUUACUAUGUCUUACAGCAAAGCACAGUCCUGGGAAACUGGUCAACCAGUUAUUGCUUGUCUUUGGGCAUUAGAGAGAUGUCCAUAUUGACUGACCCUACAUAAUGCUUUAGCUUUUUUCCCCCCUGGACAUAUAAACUUGGCUAAAUCAAAAAUUCAGCAAAUGUGUUCUGUGUAUCCACAAUCCCAAUGUGGGAUUGACAGGUAUCAGAGGCUUUUCUUUACAUAUGCAUAGCAAUCCUGGAACCCUGCCAGCACAAGGAAGUUUGACAUUUUAGUGGGGGGUCUCCAUACACGCACUCAUGGUCUGCUCUCCCCUGCCAGAGCAGGGGAGGGGGUCUCAGGAAAUGCACAGCACAUCGGAAAAUGCCCUCACCUGAGAUUUGGAAAGCUGACAGGGGAAGGGAAAGAGAUCGAAAUGUGAUGCGGGUGUCACAUCGUAGCCUGACUCACCACAAACCUGUCAGGCUGUGUUGCCAAAGAAGGGGGCUUCCAAGAGGGAACUCAGGAGUUUCAGUCACCACCAAGAUCUGGCCUUUGGACUGGUCAGCACCAGGACCAUCAGGCUCUCACAGACCAUAAUUCUUUACAAAUCCAGAAUUAGGCAGCCAAACCCUGGCCACCAGUGCCCCUGGAGAUAACACUCCAGUCUCUCCUGCCCACCUCCUGAGUUUUAAUCCCGACAGCGAGGCUUCCUUCCUCUUUCAUUCUUUAUUUUUAUUUAGCAAGGAUUUGUUGAGCACCUACUAUGUGCCAAGAAUUGUGUUGGGGUAACAACAGAGUACGAGGCCAACUCUCCAUGCCCUUCUGGAAAAAUAUUGCCUCCUCUCAAACACUCCCCCCAUCCCAGCUUUUUCACAAUGAAAACAGAAUUCAGACAGCAUUCACCCCCAGCCAGAGUAACCUCGCAAAAUGCACAUGGAAGCAGGCAGUUCCCUUGCCUGAGGAAGGAGACAGUGGAGGAAGAUGUAGUAGCAUCAGGCCACAUUUUUGCAUCCUUGUGUACAGCCAACCCUUCCUGGGCCCAGACUUAGCUGGUAAGAGCCUCCCAAAACAGCUUUCAGUUGCUUUCCUGGAUAUUCACCCUGGUCAUCUGGUCGCCCUCUUUUACACAGGCACAACCGCUCGUCAUUAUGCUAGAUUCUGUGAAGCUCCAGUUCUCAGCGAAGUCCUGGGGACCCAGAAUAGGGCCUCUGGAGUCCGAAAGAACUAGUGUCAGGUGCUGAAAUACUGUAGCUGGGAAUUAAUUGGUUUGUGAAUUCAGGGUCAUUCUGAGACUAUGGCUAACAACCUUGGAAGACUGGACAUGCCUUAUGGUACGGAUGGUCAUGAAAUGAUGGUAGUUUAUCCUUCCUUCCUUCGGCUUUUGCAAAAUAUGUUCUGAACAAUUAAAUAAGUAGAGUUUCCUAGCAUUUUUUUUAAGUCAAAAGUGUGCUGACAGAUUAUUAAAAGGUGAUGGGUAAGGGUGGAGAUGGGAAAAGGCAAACUUGAAGACCAUGAAAGAGCCCCGUUGAAGAUGGCAUCUCCAUAAAUGCCUUAAUUCCUGGCACACCAGGUAUUUGUGUAUGAGCUGCGACUGUUUUCCAAACUGUCCACCUUGUUUUGAAAUCAUUUGGGGUUAUGGUUUUGGAAACAUGGUGGCAUAAAAAUCUGAGCAGUCACUUCCUAACCCAGCAAAAUGGAGAAAUGACUUCCUUCACAGCCUCUGGGCUCUUCAUUCCUGUUGAUCCACAAUUUCCCCAUCAUGACUGCCUGCUGUGCUGUACCUUCUUCCCAGGAUGUAUGGAGGAAAUUUUACCUCCCAGAAGUUCAGGAAUGGCUGUGGGGAGUUUUGUUUAAGGAGGCAGCAGGAGACCAGGAGGUAAGGGAUAAAUAUUUUGAUGUCUAAGGGCUAUAAACUGUUGAUGCUUAACUUUUCCUUUUACGUAAACCUUUGCUACACCUUUUAUUGAAAGGCUGACACCCACACUUGUGCAGGAAAGACACUCUUGGGAAUGAACAGAAAUGAAUACUUAUCAGACUCUCUGGGGUGCCAAGGGGAUUAGCUUGUUCCAGCUUCAGAAUUGAAUUUAAAAUGCAGAGCAUUGGUGGUUCUGCUAGGGUGAAAAGCAAAUCACUUCAGUAGUUCGAGACAUACCUAGGGGAUAGAGAUCCUAUAAACUUUCUUAUGGGUAAUGGCAUCCCUUCAGAGCCCUGCUCGGGCUCUAUGAGCUGUGUGACUGCACAUUUGACUUCUACCUCCAGAAUAGGGGAAGCAACCCCGAGUUCUCUCCAAAGUCACUUCUCAGUCGCUCAGAGGUUACCAGUCCUUAUUCUGAGGGAAUUCUGCCAUUGUUUAACACUCAAGGAGAAAAGGAAUAUCAACCGUACUGAAGAAUAUAAACUAAGGAUAGAAUCCUCUAAUGGAUUUACCCCAGUGUUACUUGCGAAGGCUUUCUUUGUCUGCAAAUGUCAACUGAUUGAUUUUGGAUAGGAACAGUAAAAGUCUCUCAGAAGAAAAGUUUUCAAGACCCCCUUAGCACUUUAGAUUUACCCAAACCUCCUCUUCCCUGUGCCAUUAGUAGCUUCGUUCUUUGUGAUGUUUUCCUCUACAUUCUUUAGAGUAAUUUUGUUCCUUGACAACUAGACUUAAGAUUGCGGUAGACUCUUUUUAAAAAUCUAACCUUUGAAAAUGACAUAAAUUCUUUUAUGCCUUAAAGGCUGUUUUAUUCACCUCUCCCACAACCCCCUCCACCCCACUGUUUGGCUUUGUUGGGUUUUUUUUUCUUUUAAUCUCUUCUUUUAACAUAAUUCCUUGGGUAGAUUUUGAGUAUUCUAUAAAGAACUCAAACAGAAAAACUUAGCCAUCCCCUUUUCCCCCCAUAUUGACUAAUAAUUCCUUCUUCUGCUUGAUCUUGGUGAGGGCUUGCUGCCCAAACCAGCAGUGGGAUGUGGAUGCCUAUCUCUAGGGAGUGACCAGUCAAAGCUGCUAAUCAAAACAGAACCCAUGAGAUUAUGAGGGAAGACAGAGCAGGGGCUGCUUCUGCUCACGGCGCAGUGGAGGCUGUUUCCAAAACAAGAAGGUCCUGCACCUUUGUUUCUUUAGAUCUGCAUCUCAGCCUGUAGCCAGAGAACUGUCUUGUGAAUUCUGCUUUAUCAAUGUGCAUGAUUCCCAGCACCACUGCCCAGCUUCGAGUCAAACAGAACCCCAUUUCCAUUAUUUUGCUCUGGUGACUUACUCUGUGGGGAAACAGGGACAUUCUUUUGACCGUGAAUCAGCUGUGGGAAGCUUGAGGAACGGAGGUUCUGCCACACCUUAAUAAAAAGAACAAAACAGAUCCUUCCCUGGAGAUUCUCGUGUGGGAAGGUGGCUAGGGGGGCAGUAUCAAUGCUGGUUUUCUUCUGGCCAUCAUCUUGGCCCUGCAGGGAAAAUUCUGGGUGGGUGCGUGGGGUGCAGAACACCAUUGCUAAGAUCAAAAAAUUUGAAGAUGAAGUUCACCCAUAAGGGAAAUGUAAAGGGGAAGUGCCAGUGAGUAUGGGACCAGUUUUAGACUCCUGCCCAACGGCACAAAGACUGACAAAUGACUUCCCCAGAACAGCAGAAAAUGGGUGUAAAGGCUUUGUAAAAUUGGAGUUUUGAGCACCAUGUAAGGCGAUUUUACAAUCUCGAAGAGCCCCAAGCAUUCUUACUUCAGAGCCUCCCUUCUCCAAUUACAUCAAGCACUAAAAGGCACCAACAACAUACACCUAAUAAAAUUUCAAAGUAACCCUAUGACUUGCACCGAAUGGCAGUGGACUGGUUGACGUAAUGUUAAGUGUUGUAGAUACAUUCUUUGUGAUUAUACAAUAUUCUUUUCAUAUUUCAGAGCCAAUGGUUCAGGGAUUUCAUUUCUUUAAUGGCUUGUUUUGUUGUUGUUGUUGUUCCAAACCUCCCACAUUUCCAGGAGCCUUAGAAAGGCUCUUACACCCAGGCCUUUUUGCCUCCAGUGCAGAGUGAUAGAAACAGCCAUAAUGAUGUGAAUGCAACGUGAAUCCAGUUGGAGAUGCUAACACCCAAAACAGUGAAGACGCGGAAGACUCUGCUGGUUGCUUUCUGUGUUGCUUUGAACCUUUGAAAUUUCAGUUGUUUGGAUCAAAGGAAAAUGAACAGGGCUGUUCUCCACGUGGCUUUGCCCCGUUAGCACACGCGCACACACACACACACACACACAGUGAUCAAGUGUAUAAUUCUAAGCUGGGUUGAUAUGCAAGAGCUCGCAGAUCUGUUUUGUGUGAUUAUAUUUAAAUACCAUUCUCCCCAAAUUCUAUAAAAACAUAUUCAAGAGCUUUACUCUGUAAAAAAAAAAGAAAAAAAUUCUAAAACAAGAGAUUCUUUUUAGGUCAUUAUUUCUCCUGCGGUGGGGAAACUGAUUUUGUGACAUAACUUUGAAGAAAUACUUGCUUGCCAUUAAAUGCGAGCGUCUGGUGUUUGCUCUGUUCCACAAACUGCUGAUGGCCUUCUCCCAUUCCACAGAGGCACAUGGCCUGGCCUCCCCCUAAAAUAGCACAAUGAUCAUGAGGACAACUUUCGAAACUCUGGGCAGCCUCCCUAUUCAUGCAUAAUUCAAGCAUAUGAUUUGGAUUGAGCCCUGCCGUGGUCUUUGAGUAUGUGACCCCUAAAUCAAUUCGAAUUCCAUAUAUAUAUAUAGAUAUAAUCUCCAGUGUUUAUUAUUGACCACCGUCAACUGCAUUUAGUGCGUUUGCAUUGGGAGCUGCCCACUGACACGGUGGCAGCUUUGAACGGUUCCCAUACCUAUUUCCCAUACGGGACCGAGAACGUUCUCCCACACACCAGCUGCAGAAGUUUGGAAGUGUGUGACCAAGUUCUUUUUCACAUCAACAGGCCCCUGUUUAUAGGAGGUAAACUUAAAGAGAAUUGGGUCUUGGGUCGGGUUGGGAGGUGGGGAGGUCCUGGGGGGGGCACAUAGUGGUGUUUGAACACUGGAAUCUUUGUCUUGUCCAUUGUAAUGCAACUCUUACCUCCAGUCACCAGAAAGAGAAGCGUUAGCCUCGUCAGUGAGUGUUUGGUCCCUCAGGGGGUCAUUGGGGUUCCACUUGCUUAAACUCACAUGUAGGAAAUUUGAAGGCUCUCUGGGGCUCGGAAUGGUUUGUCCACCAUGACCUUUCCUCCGCCAAUAGAAAAAUGCUAUCCCUACCAGGCCAUGUUUGAGGAGACUGUGGCUUGGCUGGUCAAGUUCACAUUGCAUUGAGCUGAAUCAUGUUAGGCUCUGGACUUUGCACUGUAAGUCUCAGUCAUGAUUGGCACAGAAGCAACUACUCUGCUGAAAAGCCAAGCCAGCACAAAUGUUUUGAAACUAAUUCCACUAAAAUUGGUGCCAUUAAACCAUAUUACUGUAGUUCCAAUUAAUCCAACUCUUUAAUAUCAUUAGCCACUAAAUUAAAUAGCUGUACCCAAAACUUUAGAAAAGAUCAAUAUUGUAACAAAAUUACAUAUUAGCACUAAAAUGUACCUGAGAAAAGAAAAUAUUGAUCUGUUGUGGUUUUUACUUGAGUUAUUCUUAGGCCUUUGUGGAUCUGGCACUGCUCUGAGAAAGGGGAAGAAGGGGUUUUAAAUUCAGGAAUACUUGGAUUCAAUAGAAAUUGCCCCUCUCUCCGGCCUUCUGCUUCUCUGUCCCACCCAGCAAAUCCCUGGUUUGCAGGCUAAAAUGAGCUAAGGGGAGGUGUCCCGAACCACUAAUCUAAAGCACAAUGACCUGGGCUUUCAUUGUGAGCCCUUUCUCUUUUUGUUUUCUCCUUGUACCUGGUAUUCCUGAGAGUCCAUCCUGGGAUUAGAAAAGAAAAGAAAGAAUGAUAAGAAAGUAACAAUCAGCAUCUUGCAUACACACACAAGCUUUUUCUAAUACAGGGGACUAGUCUGAGGGCCCAUGGCCUAAGCGCCCAUGUAUCUCCACUUCUCUGCCUCCAAAAGGUUUACCUUUGACCUAGCCAGGGGAGAGAGCCUCAGGUUUGGCUUAGUGCAGGGGAAAAUCACCAAUCUCAGGGUUGGGGAAGACCAGUGAAAGCGUGAAGUUGACAAACUGAAGGUCACGGGAAGCAGCCACAACCAACUUCGUUGAUGAGCUCCUGAAUUUUAGUAUUUGUCCUAGGCAAGAAAGAGGGGAAAAAAUCACACGAUGUGAACUGAAUGGAAGACCAGUGCUCUGUUACCCUGAUUCCGGUUCACAGUUUUACAAACACUAACAAACGUGGCUAUAAAAGCACAUUUCAUAAUACAAAAGCCCACAUACAGGGUAGUUUUUAUAGCUUCCUUAACUGAGUAGUUAAACCAGCAGUCUGAAUUCUCUUAGUCCCCUAAGAGUGGUUAAUUAAAUAGUAUUUUCCUUAUCCAUUGCCCACAUCUGGGUUUUUUUUUCCUCUACGCACCCUAGAUAAACUCCCAGGACUAGGCUUAGGAGGAUUCAAGUAAGUUAUGCGGUAAAAUUAGAGUGCCUUUUCUGUUGGAUGUUCACGUCGGUUCCCUGGGUUCCCAGGGCAUACAAUGUUUAGAAACUUUUUUCUCUAAACAUAAGAAUUAUUGUGCACCACAAUCUUGAACCAACGAUUUCCUAUCUUAAGCAGCUAUCAACUUGCCAAUUCCCUCCGGGUCUCCUUUAUAUUUUCUUAUGAUGUUUCUUUCUGUUUUGGGUUGUCGUCAAAAAGAGUUGGGGGCAUGCUUCUUUUUAAAUUGAUAGAAAUGAAACUGUACAGAAUUUUGCCCCCUUGUAUCUGUGAGCAUGAUCUCUUUCGGGCUUGAAAAUCUGCUUUAUCAUUUUGUAUAUUUGACUAUUUUGUAUUCAGCAUUACUUGAUUCCUUAUGUGCAUGGCAAUGUAUUAAAAUGUGGGA